CAAAACAUAUUUUGUAUACAGAUGGAAAAGAUCCCAAUAACGCCGCAGAUGCUACGUACAGCUGUAAAAGAGUUACAAAAACGUCAACUGUUUGUUAAAUUAAAAAAUUUGAAAGAUUAUAUACACAGACAUUAUCCAGUUGAAACAGAUUUCAAAACUCUUGAGCAGGAAUUACAGGAAAAAUUGAAGUAUGCCGUUUGUGUUGGAUUGCUUGCUAAACAUGGAGAAGACCAAUAUUGUAUACCAACUUUACGACAAGAAGCUAAUGCUGUUAAAACGGCGAUAAGCGCAUUCUGGGAAAUAUAUAGAAACAAUAAUCAGUUGCCUAAUAUAAGAAAGAAACAAUCAGGUUUUAGAAGAUCGUUAUCGCAUCAGAAACAAAGAGAUUAUGCGAAUUCCUCUGAAAACGAUGACACUGAUAGCGAAGAUUUAGAUUUUUUCUAAAUUAAGAAUCAUGGUCGUGAAAAUUUAAUAUUGAUGUUAUAAUAUAAUUGUAAAAUCUUUUUGAACACGCUUGUAUAUUACGUUCUAUAAAAUACAAAUUCUGUAUGUACAUAAAGAAAUUAAUAUAUAAUAUAUACAAACAUAUAAAACAUGUAAAUUGUAGAGAUUACAUGCAGUAUAAUCAUGUACAAUAAAAAGUUUAAUGCUAUGUGG